AUGAACUUCUUCUCCAAGGGAGGAGUCAACACGACCGUUCGCCAUGGAGGCAUCUACGUCAAAGCCGUCAUCCCCAGAGGAGCAGCUGAGCUCGACGGGCGGAUACAGAAAGGUGACCGUGUGGUGGCUGUCAAUGGGAAUAGUCUGGGGGGAGCCACUCACCACCAAGCGGUGGAAGCGCUCCGAGAAACGGGGCAGACGGUGCACUUGCUGCUGGAGAAGGGUCACCCGCCUACAGACAGCGUCCAAGCGCCCCACACGCCUCAGUGCAGUCGGCCCGCUGCAGCCGGCGACCAAGACCAGAGCAAGAAUAAAGAGCCGCCGCUGGAGGUCAAGGAAAGCCCCGAGUACAGCUUCAUCACACGAGACAAUGUGUUUGACGUGCGUCUGCUGAAGAACACGUCAGGUCUGGGCUUCAGUUUCAGUCGGGAGGAGAGCAUCCCGGAGGAGUCCCCCGGGUCCAGCAUGGUGCGGGUCAAAAAGCUGUUUCCUGGCCAGCCGGCUGCGGAGAGCGGGCGCAUCAACGUGGGCGACGUCAUCAUGCGGGUCAAUCGGACCCCCCUCAAAGGACUCUCGCAACAUGAGGUGAUAUCCGCCCUGAGAGGAACAGGACAGGAGGUGACUCUGCUCCUCUGUAGACCCGAGUACGGGGUUCUCCCUGAAAUGGACGCUUCAGCUUUGGUGAGUCAGACGCCCAUGCCGUCCCCACGAAAGCAGCCGGUGACCCAGGUGGAGUCCAGCCUGAGCUUGGCAGGGCAAAGUCUCUCCGAGUCGCAGGGCAGCAAGAGUCAGGUCCUCAUGGAGGACGCCCUGGAGAGGAUGCUGCUCAAAUCCCGGCCGACACAACAGCUACACAACCUGGGGCUGGGUCACGACAGCACCGGUCAACUGGACGACACCGUCAACUCGGCCUUCUACUCCCCAAACCUGUCGCUGACCAGCUCGGACCACAGCAAGAGGUUUGCUCCAUCCCCCGUGGCAGCUGAUCUGGAGUCAUCCAUCCUGCAUAUGGUGUCCUCCCCCACCGCCCCAAGCCCGGAUCCCCUCCCUCCCCCACUGCCUCUGCCGUUAAACCUCACCCUGCCCGGCAACGGACAGGACAUGGAGGACUUUGUCCCGGAGGUGGAGCUCAGGGUCUCGUUGGUGAAGUCGGAAAAGGGCAGCCUGGGCUUCACCCUCACAAAAGGUAACGACCACGGAUGUUACAUCCACGACAUCGUGCAGGAUCCAGCCAAAGGAGACGGAACCCUGAGGCCCGGGGACCGGAUGAUUACGGUGAACAACACAGAUGUGAGCAACAUGGGCCACACCGAGGUGGUCAACCUUUUUUGGGCGCGGGGCGCCCGGGCCCGUGGUGGGGACUUUGGGGGCCCCAACCCCAAAAGCUUUAUAGAAGUGAUUUACAGCCCCUAA